AUGGGGCCCAAGCGACAGAUCAAAGGAAAGAAGGCAAAGGAAAAAAAAGAGAAUGGAGGAGUGCUUUCUGCCGAGGAGAAGGCGCGAUUAUUUCAAUCAGCAAAUCGAUCACUGCAGAUGCAGCUCGCGGAAAGGCAAGAGAUUACUGUAAAGACGCUUGAGUCAAAGCGAGAGUUGCAAGACCAAGUGACAGAAUUGCAAAAAAGUUUCGAGAACGAACGUAAGGACACGUUUGGUAUUACCCAGGACAUGACACGCCAGUAUAAAAGUAUGCAGGAGGAACUGCUGAACCGGGUUAAUACUCUGGAAAAUGCUAACACGGAGCUGCGAGACCAAUUGGAGUUAGCUCGCGUCAACUUUCAAGAAAUGAAGCACGAGUCGAACCGUUUAAUCGCUGCUAAGAAUAUUGAGAUUCAGGAACUCAAAGUCAAAAUGGAGGAGAUGGCGCAAGAGUUUGGGGAUAUGCUGAAGGAGACAUUGGAAAAGAUGCGCGAGCGCAUAGAGAUUACAAACACAAGCUUCGAGAGCGAAGGCGGGGCGGUACCCAUGAUGCGAAGGCUUGAAGAGUUCAACCUGGGCACACCCACAAAGUCCUGA